CCGGCCAGCAAGUAUAUUAUAUACUACAGCUUAAUAUAUAUAUACGGAGUAUAUAUGAUGGUUUCAUGGGUGGGAUUUAGUUGGCUAGUCUUAAUUUGGCAGAUGAUAUUUGUGAUGAUGAGUACAAGCUCGUCGCUGCUACCCAUAACGCAGGAGGGGCACGAGAAAUGGAUGAAUUAUUAUGGACGAGUGUAUGAAAACGAGAUGGAGAAGGAGUCUCGGUUUGCAGUAUUCAAAGAGAACCUGGAGUUCAUUCACGCCUUCAACCGGAAGAAGAACCGGUCUUUCAGGCUCGGCGUCAAUGCCUUUGCUGAUUUGACUAAUCAAGAAUUCCGAGCCCUUAGAGCCACUGGAUACAAAAGUAGCCGCAAUCUUCGUCUCAAUGACAAUAGUGAUGCUAACCCUCCUCACCCCAACCCCUUUAGAUACAGCAAUUUCACUGAUAUUCCAAGCAGCCUCGAUUGGAGGAAGAAAGGAGCUGUUACUGCUGUCAAGGCUCAAGGCUUCCAAUGUGGAAGCUGUUGGGCAUUUUCCGCGGUUGCGGCGGUAGAGGGCAUACACCAAAUAUCAACGGGGAAGCUAAUUUCACUCUCUGAACAACAACUGAUCGAUUGCAACAGCGUGAACAUGACUUGCCAGAACGGAGGAAAUGUGGGCCAAGCUUUCGAGUUUAUCAUCAAUAACAAUAAUGGUCUCACAAAUGACCAAAGCUACCCAUAUACGGGAGUAAGCGAGACCGGCUGCCGCAGCAAAAACUCGCCGGCCAUAAAGGCAGCUGCUCGGAUCACGGGCUACGAAAACGUUCCGAUCAAUAACGAGACGGCUUUGUUACAGGCCGUGGCUAACCAGCCGGUCUCCGUCGGAAUUGACGCAGGCGGCGGACAGGCGUCCGAGUUCCAGUUCUACCAUGGCGGCGUGUUCUCUGGCAGAUGCGGGAGCCAGCUUAAUCACGACGUUACGAUCGUCGGGUAUGGAACAACUGUGAACGGCACAGAUUAUUGGGUUGUAAAGAACUCAUGGGGAUCUGAAUGGGGCGAAGAGGGUUACAUUAAAAUGAAAAGAGGCAUUCUUGACGCCAAGGGACUCUGUGGACUUGCCACGAGUGCUUCCUAUCCAACUGUGGCUUAAUUACGUUCCUUUUUCAAAAUUAAUUUAUCUGCCUAUUUAUUUUGUUUGACAAAUGGUACCAAUGUGCUUAAUUGGUAUUACAUGUGUUUUUGUUUAUUUCCCUUUAUUUUGUUUGUAAGAAUGCUUAUUUCUAAAGCUUGUUGCGUUAAGAAAACAGUGAUAACU